GGGCAGGACGGACCGAAGAGAGGAGUGACUUUUCUUUCAAAAAUAGUACACUUCAUCACGGCAGCAGCCACCGGUACAGCAGCUGAAACAGAGGAGGGUGUGAAACAUGGCUCUUUAAGGAAAUAAAUAACGGGAUAUUAUUAUUUCAACACGGCGAAAAAAGGAAGCGGAUAUUUCUUUCAACUGAGAAGAAACUGCGUUUAAGUUAGAACCACACGUUUCAGUGUUGAUAUUUGGACACGAAUACCUGCCGAAAAUAGUCCCAACCCUCCAUUAUUGAAGCUCCUCUGUCCUGUGUGACCCCCUGACACAGAAAGGAUGGUGAUGGAGGAGGGAGGGCAGAGAGACAGAGGGAGGGGGACUCCAGUGGCAGAAACAGAGGGGAGACAUAUCCUCGUAGAGCUUGGGGAGCAGAACUUGGAUGCCAUCGUUCUCUCUACAUAUCGAACAGCCUGUAAGAUCAGGUUCAUUCAGAAGAGAUGCAACUUGCAUCUGAUCGACAUUUACAAUGUGAUCGAGGCGGUGCGGGACGCCGGUCUGAACGCUGUGGAGCUGAACGCUGGUAUCUCGGUGACCCGACUGGAGAACUUGGUGUUCUCGUUGUUCAACCAGCUCAGCAAGCGCCUGCCCACCACUCACAACAUCAACCAGAGAGAGAGCGCCGUCCUGUUAGUCGAGUUCCUACUGGCCGCCAUUGACAGUGAGCCUGACAGCCGCCUGACGGUGCUCUCUGUGAAGGCGAUGCUGGCCAUACUGUGUGGAGGGAAACUGGUAGAUAAACUCCGCUAUGUGUUUUCUCAGGUAUCGGACUCCAAUGGCGUGUUGGUUUUGUCAAGUUUGAUUCUUUUCUGAGGGAGGCGUGCUCUCAAGCUGCCCACCGCUGCACAUGAAGGACCGUCCUUUGGCUACACACACACUUUGGCACGCUCAUGCUUCCCGCAACAGAAGAGGGUGAUGCUCAACAUGUUCCUGGACAUCGUGAAUGACCCUCCUCCGUGUCUUGUCUGGCUGCCUCUCUUGCACCGCAUGGCCAACGUGGAGCAUGUCCAUCAUCCCGUGUCAUGCUCCUAUUGUCGUGGCAACGGCAUGACGGGGUUCCGCUAUCGCUGCCUCCGUUGCCGUGGUUACCAGCUCUGCCAGAACUGCUUCUGGCACGGCAACGCCAGCAGCUCUCAUAGCAACCAGCAUCAGAUGAAGGAGCACCUCCUCUGGAAAUCUUCAGCGACGAAGCUUGGUCGAGCCUUGAGCAGGACUCUGGGCUGUGUGUCGUCCAGAGAGCCCCCCCAUCCUAUUUACCCAGAGGAACCUGAGCGGACCCUCAACCUCUCCAACAUAGUACAAAGGAAAGAUGAGCUGGAGCAGAGGAUGUCGUCUCUGCAAGAGAGCAGGAGGGAGCUGAUGGUACAGCUCGAGGGACUGAUGAAGCUGCUCAAGGAUGAGGAGCAGCGACAGGCAGCGCAGGCGGCUGGCUCUUCUCACGCCUCUCCUUCUCGACCGAGCCCUUCGAUCGUGCGCUCUGUAGCUGCUGCGUCUCCCCACGCUCACAUGUACCAUCCUCAAGACUCACUCGCUGGGGUGGGCGGUGACGUACAAGAAGCUUUUGCCCAAGGCCCGAGAAGGAACCUGAGGAACGAUCUUCUGGUCGCAGCCGACUCCAUCACCAACACCGUGUCCUCUCUGGUCAAAGAGCUGCACUCUGAUGAUGUUCGGGAGGAAGAGGAGAGAUUGCUGAAUGGGAAGGACAGAGGUUAAAAUGAUCGCAGGACAAACAAAAACAGCAGACUGACGUUUGAUCACGGCCAAAGAAGACUCACCCUGCUGGGAUUAUUAUAUAUCAUCAUAUAUUUAUCGUUAGCCAAUGGGGAAUAGAGCUCCUCUGCCAAUCAACCAAUCACGAUGCUGGACACCAAACGACCGCUGGGUCCCUACUGAUGUAUAGCUGUGAUUCUGUGUGUGUGUGUCAUGUCACUGUGGUUUUAACUUUUUGUUUGAUUUGAUCGUGCAUAGCUAAACAAGGAGUCUGGAACCUGCUGAUUUGUACUGUAGCCUGUGUGUGUGUGUGCUCUGCGUUUUUCGAGGGUCAAGUAAGUGAAGAAAAGAUGUUACGGAAAUUUGUGAAGGAUAAAAAAAAAAACUGGAAAGUUUCAGGAUGGAAAUACAGGAUGUAAAGAGAAGUGGUAAAAAGACGAGAAGUGUGUAGUAAUGUUUUACGUUUCGGCACUGUGUGCUUAGUAUUUAUUGCUUUGAUUUGAGUUUAGACAUGUAGUCUUUCAGUUUGAGUGUUUAUGUGUAUGGUCCUGCUGAGAUGAUAAGCUUUAACGGGACGCUUCCUGCUGAAGGCUGAAAGCUAAGGUCCCGCUCUUGUUACCUGGCAGAUUAGUGCCAUGGUGCUGAUAUGACAGCAGCUCAGGUUGUGCUGGCCUCUCUGUGUAACUCGGUACUGCAGUGGGACUACAGUCGAGGAGGUGUGUGUGUGUGUGUGUGUGUGUGUGUGUGUGUGUGUGUGUGUGUGUGUGUGUGUGUGUG